GCUCCCGCACAUGCGCAGUGCCGUUAGCCGUUAGCCGCCGUGGUGAGCCUCGGAGUGGAAUCAGAAGGAAUAAAACGGAGCCAGAAAACCCGAAAUACGGAGAAGAACAGCAGAAAUCCAGAGGAGCCGGUGUGACGGAGGAGACAUGAACCAACUGGAGCGUCCUAGAGACGAGGAGGACCAGGAGGACGCGGACUGUCACCAUGACAACAGCGACGGCACCAACAACAACAACAACAACAACCGACGCAAGACGGUGUGUCCAGCAGCAGGAGAACACCCCCUCCAGUACAACUACACCUUCUGGUACAGCAGGAGAACCCCGACCAGACCGGCCAGCUCUCUGAGCUACGAGCAGAACAUCCGACAGAUCGGAACCGUCGCCUCGGUAACUACACACUCUUCAAAUACUAACACACACAUACUAAUACACACUAAUACAAACGUUAAAUACUAA